GCCAAGUGCAGAAUGAAGAUGUUCACGUUUGCUGUAGUCCUAUUUUUUGCUAUCCUGGCAACAUCUAACUGCAAAAGGGAUAGAUGUCUGGAGGGGAGGACUCACAAACAUAGACCAAGCCCUGAGCUUGACAUGCAUGAAUGCACGCUAUACUCUGAAUCUUCCUGUUGCUAUGCAAACUUCACAGAGCAGUUGGCUCAUUCACCAGUAAUUCAAGUAAGCAACAGCUCCUGGAACAGAUGUGGGAAUCUCAGUAAAUCCUGUGAGGAUUACAUGAAGAAAAUUGAAUGCUUUUACCAGUGUUCCCCGCAUGCUGCUCAUUGGAUCAAUCCCAACUACACUGCUGGUAUUGAGUUUGUUCCUUUGUGCCAAAACUUCUGUGAUGACUGGUAUGAAGCAUGUAAAAAUGACUUCACCUGCGUCCGCAACUGGAUGACAGAUUGGGAGUGGGAUGAAAAUGGAGAGAACCACUGUCAAAAUGAAUGCAUCUCCUACGAUAAGGUGUAUGCAAAUGGGACUGACAUGUGCCAAAGCAUGUGGGGGAACUCGUUUAAGGUGAGCGACUCCUCCUGCCUCUGCUUGCAAAUGAAUGAGAAGGAUGCAGUGGCGAUCAAGUAUUUAACUUCCGAAAGCUCGGAGGAGAGUUCCAGCGUCAGUAGCAGCGAGGAGCGUGCCUGCAGACGUAAACUGCGAAAGACUGAGCUCCUAACGGAAGAGGAAAUGGUGGAAAUAGAGGUGUUUGAAAUUCUGUGACAGAAGGGACCUGGUUCUAAUUCUCCCUGAAGAUCCCCAGACUGAUGCCUCAGGAUGUCACAGAGAAUGUUCUGUUUCCAUUCUCCACCGCCAGUACUAUUGCCAAAGUUAAACCAAAAUCUGUACUAAUUGUAAGGGGACGUUAUCCUGAUAAUAGUGGAUCAAAUUCUGCCCUUGGUUACAGUUGUGCAAUCUCUUUGAUGCUCGUAAAGUGCCAUGGAUCUGUCUGUUUUUCUAAGUCACCUAUCACAGUACGGUGACCAGACAACAAGUGUGAAAAAUCGGGAUGGGGGUGGGGGGCAAUAGGAGCCUAUAUAAGAAAAAGACCCAAAAAUCAGGACUGUCCCUAUAAAAUUGGGACAUCUGGUCACCCUAUAUCUCAGUGAUGUCACCAGUGUAAUUCAAAGAAGGAUUUGGUUUCAACAGGCCAGAUUCUUGGCUGGUGUAAAUCAGAGGUAUGCUGAUUUACACUAGAUGAAGAUCUGGGCCAUAGCUUUUAAAAUAUCAUGGCUCAUAUUAGCAAUAAAAUGAAGCAUUUUUAAAAUCCAACAUGCUUAUCCUCCGGUGUUUGUUUACUUUCUGGGUGUCGCACAGCUAGACCGAUCAGGGACACUUUCUGCUUCCUAUCACCUUGAUUGUUUCUUUAAUGAUGAAAUCAUUCCUACCAGCAUUAGAUUAUUUUGAAGCCAUUUUUACAAAGUCUGCAUUUUGGCCCAAAUCACUUUCUCAGCAUCUGUUUCGGUAGCAAGGGAAAGAAUUUGGACGGCAGCUAUCUCUUGCCAAACAUUCCUUCAUGAGAUUGCGACAGUCUGCCAUCCCAUGCUCUUCCCCACUGCUGAAGCACUUAUCCAAGCCUUGAACAUAUCCACCUGAGCCCCAGCAAACAUGGCUCCCUGGUCUCCCUGCUUAUCUUGCCUCAGUUCCAAAUGCCCAGCAAACAUGUCCUCUCUCUCCUCCAUCGCUGUAAUCAUAUCUAUAUCUCCACCCCCACCCCACUAGUUUCCUUCACCUUCUGCAUUAAAUGCAAGCUUCAGCAGCACUCCUCCCCGGACUGCAUCUCUGCUCUCCUUUUCUCUUCAUUCCCCUCCACUGCUAUGGCCAGAGCAAAGGCAAGCUCCCCCUCACAACCAUUACAAAUAAACCCUUCUGCCAUCCUCAGCUUCAUGCCUUCUCCUGCCUUGUCCCUUAGUCCCAGAACAGUCUUCCUCUUCGCAGAUGCUCAUCUGCCACCUUCAUUCACAUCCCUCCUUAAAACACUACUUCUGUGGGGCCUUUCAAUGACACGGCACUUAUCCCUAGAGCUUGGAUACUGCGAGUGCAGGACCCAUGAGUCUAUACAAUUGCUAGGAUUUCUUUUGUUCCCAAUAUACUUAAGAAAUUCCUUCUUAUUAACUUUAGCCUUGCCAGCCAUGGAUUCUUUCCUGUUGUCUUUAGCUUCCCUUGUCUUUUUUUACACUUCAUCAGUUCUAAUUUAUAUUGGUUGCUAUCUACUUUCCCUUUUUUAAUAAUUAUGUUAAUAGAGAUUAAUAAUUAUAGUCAUUUGACCUUCUCUUGCACUAUUUAUCUGUGGUGCUCAUAGCACUUUGCAAACAUUAAUUAAUUCUCAGAAUGCCCUGAGGCAAUUGGAGGUUAAGUGACUUGCCUGAGGUCACACAGAGACAGUAGACAGCUAGGACAAGAACCCAAAAGUACCAAUUCCGGUCCCUCAUUCCUACCUGAGAAUUAGCUAGUGCUUGUAAGGUGCUUUGUGAUCCUAGGAUGAAAGUUCCUAUAUAAAUGUUAUUGCAUCACAAUCAUAUCUCAGACUGUGAAGUCUUAUAUACUGGUUUGUGAUGAUAUGACAGUGGCUAGCAGGAAGCAAAGCAAACUAGUGAUGAAGAAGCAGAUCUUCUACAAACUUAAUAAGGAAACGGAAAAAAUUAUCAAUCAUCUCUAUUCCUUUUAGCUGAAAAAUUAAUGUUUUCCAAGUUUCAGUCAAUAUGAAGCUGUCUCUUUAAAAGCGCCGAUAUAAGCAGAACCCCAGAUGUCCUGGCUAUUGCAGGAAAUAUUCCCAGGUCUGCCCACUAUCCUGGAAACGUAGUACUACUGCUUCCUCAUGGAGGUCAUGACAUAUCCCACACUGUAUUUCAAUACCAUUUCCACAGGUACCCCAUGCUGAAGGCACUACUUUUGGAAAUUACGUUUCUGUACAGGUGGCCUUCUGGCAUGUAGUGGAUAUCAGGCAUGUUUUCAGUCUAUCUAAUCAUGUGUGGCACACAAUCCUAUUGUUGAUUCUCUCCUCAGUGAAACAAAUGUACAAACUGUGCACUGAAGGUGCACAACCAUGGCAUAUUACUAAAUACUAUGGAAUAAAUGAAAUAGAAAGA